UUUGUCAGCGGCGAGUCGGCGAGGUGGACGCGUCCUCGAAGGAAACCUUUAGUUAAUCUCUAAAUUCUCUUCCAAAAUGGAGGGGAAGCGGAAGGCAGAUUAUAUGACCGUGGCUGUACCUACCAAGAAGUCUCGUCAUGAGUUGGUGGCUCAUUCAGGGGAAAAGGGAACAGUAAUACAAAGUGGCCCACCUAGAACCAGUGGCUUGAUGGCACCCAUCAUGCAGCUCUCAGGCCACCAGGGAGACAUCCUUUGCGGCAAGUUCCACCCUGAAGGAGAAGUUCUGGUCACAGCAGGCAUGGAUAGACAGAUCUUAUUCUGGAAUGUGUAUGGCGAGUGUGACAACUUUGCCAUGCUGAUGGGCCACACCAACGCCAUCACAGACAUGCACUUCUCAACGGAUGGUAGUGCACUCUACACAGCCUCUGCAGACAAGACUGUCAUGUGCUGGGACACUACCAGUGGCACCAGGGUUAAGAAGCUUAAGGGACACAGCAGCUUCGUGAAUUGUGUCCACAGCGCACGAAGAGGCCCAAGUUUAGUGGUGAGUGGAGGUGAUGACUGCACGGUGCUCAUCUGGGACGUCCGGAAGAAGAGACCGGCAACGACGCUACAGAAUACGUUCCAGGUCACAGCAGUUACGUUCAAUGACACAGCAGAACAAGUAAUUUCUGGUGGUAUUGAUAAUGACAUGAAGGUAUGGGAUCUACGCAAGAAUGGCUUGCUGUAUCGGAUGCGUGGCCACAACGACACAGUGACAGGCCUGAGCCUCUCCCCUGAUGGCUCCUAUGUGCUCUCUAAUGCUAUGGACAACACUGUCAGGAUCUGGGACGUGCGGCCCUUCGCCCCCCAGGAGCGCUGUGUCAAGAUCUUCCAGGGCCACCAGCACAAUUUCGAGAAUAUUCUGCUGCGAUGUGCCUGGUCCCCUGAUGGGCGCCGGGUGGCUGCAGGCUCCUCAGACCGCCAUGCCUACGUCUGGGACACCACUUCAAGGCACAUCCUCUACAAACUACCUGGACAUAAUGGCUCUGUCAACACGGUCGAGUUCCAUCCGAAGGAGCCCAUAAUUAUGUCUGUGUCCAAUGAUAAGCAGAUCUACCUCGGAGAAAUAGAGUAAGUUUGUAGAAGAGGAAUAAAAGGAAUUUAGUUGUCAAGAAUGGACAUCUGUUGUGAUUUUUAUUAUUUUUUAUUGAUAUAGUUUUGUUUAUGAUUACAACUGUUAUAAUGCUCCUCAUAGAAUGGUUUGAAUGUUCGCUCGUAUGGUUUCCCCUAAGAUUGAAAAAAGAAAGUAAUUUUGAUGUAUAUUCAUUUUUAUUUUUUCUCCAUUUUGUCCCUAUUUUUUCUUCGCAUUUUUCUCUCUCAUUUUAAAAGGUUUACUUGCAAACAAGACAGAAUGUUGGUACAAAGAAUAGCUAUCAUUUCCUUCACUAUUGCAAUAUUUGUUGCAAAUUGCAUGAAAGACUACAAAAGUUUGACAUGAUCACUUAUGUAAUUAUAAUUGACUGAAAUCAUUCAUAUAUUGUGCUUAGUUAUUUCAUUUAUUUCUGUGAAUUUUUUUUAAAAGGAGUAGUGUCGCAGGUUUAUUUUGAAGAUAAUUCUUUGUCAAUAUUUCUAUUUAGGUAAGAUAAAACCAUUAUAAAAUCUAUGACAAAUAAAAAA